AUGGCUGAAGAAACAUCAAAGACUCCGGCUUCGGAGGUCCAAGACCAUGCCCCGGUCGAUGGGCCGGUGAAGAAGCAGUGGUAUCACUCUACUCUCUUCAAUGCGUUUGUGAUUGGAGGAGUUGGUUUUAUGGCCCCUGGCCUCUGGAAUGCCAUGAACGCACUUGGGGCAGGUGGUGCUCAGGAGCCGUUCCUUGUCAAUGCCGCCAACGCCCUUGUGUUCGGUCUUAUGGGAUUCCUCUGUCUGUUCGGAGGUCCCAUUGCCAACCGCAUCGGUCUAGCCUGGACCCUUCUCCUCGGCGCUGCUGGCUAUCCCCUUUACUCUGCCGGACUUUAUUGCAAUAACCGUUACGGCAAUGUCUGGUUCGUUCUUGUUGGUGCUGCCGCUUGCGGUAUCUCGGCCGGUCUGUUCUGGGCUUCAGAGGGUGCCGUUGCUUUGGGAUACCCCGAGCCGUCCAAGAGAGGAAAAUACAUGAAUAUCUGGUUAUUUAUGAGGACAGGGGGGCCGUUGAUGGGUGGUGCAAUCGUCCUGGCUUUGAAUAACGAUGCCAACGCAAAGAAAAAGGGCAAGGUUGGGUAUGAGACAUACUUGGUCUUCAUUGCGCUGCAGUGUCUCAGUGUGCCUAUUGCGCUCCUUCUUUCCCCACCCGAGAAAGUUCAAAGAUCCGAUGGCAGCAAGGUCAUUAUCAAGGCCGAAAAGUCCUUCUCUGCGGAAUUCAGAGAGCUGUUCCGCAUCUCCAUGAGAAAGGAUAUCCUCCUGCUUCUCCCCAUCUUUUGGGCAGCAUACUUCAACCAGUACAGCGGAAACUUCCAAGCAUACUACUUUGGCGUCCGUGCACGUGCACUUAUUGGAUUUGUUAGCAACUUCGGUACCCUUCUUUCUUCCCAGCUCAUCAGCAUGUUGCUUGAUUACAAGGGUUUCAGCGUCAAGAAGCGCAUCAACAUUGGCUUCUACUACGUUGUCGUAUGGCACAUCAUCGCCUGGGUAUACGGAUGGGUUAUUCAGGAGAAGUACACCCGUAACCCUCCCUCUUACGACUGGGAGGAUAAGGGUUUUACUGAGGGUUUCUUUGUGUUGCUUCUGUGGGAUUUUGCGAGACAGUCUUUGCAGAACUGGCUGUACUACCUCCUCGCCACGAAGACCGACAACAUCUCCGAGCUUGCUCGCUUUUCUGGUGUUCUGCGUGGACAGGAGAGUUUCGCUCAGGCAGUCUCCUUCGGAUUGAACACACGGAAAUGGAAAGGAGGACGUGUGCCUCUGGCCGUCAACACGAUUCUUCUUGGUCUUGCUGUCUACCCCACAUGGCUGGUCGUCAGAGAUCAUGUCCCUGUUGAGACGGAUAAGGUUGCGACUAUUGAGGAGGGGUCUCAGGGAGAGCCCGCAGAGACGAGGCUAUCUGCAGAGGAGAAGAGAGACUUUGCCGUUGGCCAAACCGGCAUUGGAAGAGAUGCGAAAAUGUAG